AUGGUUGUUGAUCUUGGUCUUCCAGCACCCGGUGCAUCCAAUCCAGUACGUACAAAGGGCCAGAUUGUCAGCGAUGACCCAGAAGCGACUGUCUCUGUCCCAGAUGUAACUCAAAUCCAAGAUGAUGCUACACCUACGCCUCAAACCUUUAGCAACACUCACCGAAGAAGGCCAAUUUUCAACACUCCGGACCGUUCCAUCUACAAGAAUUGGUCAAUCAACUCUGACUAUCUCUCCCAUGUCCCCGACACAGGCGUCACUCGACACUAUGAGCUCACCGUGGACGAGAUUACCCUUGCGCCGGACGGUGUCGACGCUCCUUUCAUGCAAGUGUUCAAUGGCCAAUUCCCAGGACCUCUGAUUGAAGCAAACUUUGGCGACUGGAUAGAAAUUCGCGUUACCAACAAGCUUCUCAAUAACGGUACAUCUAUUCAUUGGCACGGCUUCGUCCAGACAAACAACACGCAGAACGAUGGCGUCAAUGGUGUCACACAGUGCCCAAUUCCGCCUUCCGGCGCAGAAUUGGUAUAUCGCAUACGUGCCGAGCGAUAUGGAACAUCUUGGUAUCACAGCCACACGAGCGUGCAGUACGGCAAUGGUCUCUAUGGACCCAUCGUCGUGCAUGGCCCAACAUCAGCUGACUGGGACUUUGACAUGGGCACACUCCUUAUUGGAGACUGGUACAACCAGUCUCAAUUUGACCUCAUCAAUCGCUUCUUUCAAUCUGGUCCGGCUACCGCAUCUUCCACAGUGUUCAAUGGGCAGGGCGUACGAUUGCAAGCAAACGGCACCACUACCGGCCAUUACUACGACAUCACAAACAAGCGACGCUUCCAGCGUGGUGGUCGAUACCUCCUGCGCCUCAUCAAUUCUGCUUCUGACGCAAAGUACCAGGUCUCACUCGACAACCACACCAUGACGGUAAUUUCCGUGGACUUCAUUCCCAUCAAGCCAUUCGAGACACGAACAGCCUUCUUGAGCAUUGGACAGCGCAUGGAUGUCAUCUUCACUGCUACUGGUGGCUCAACUGCAUCCUACUGGUUCCGUGCUGAUACGACCGCCCUGAAUGGCACGUUGAAUCGCGGGACGACAUGCGGCGAUCAGAAUGACAGUGCACUCCAAUCAAAAGCCAUCGUGCGCUACAUUCGAGCCAGCAAUAACACUGAACCCACAAGCAAUCCGCACACGUACUCACCGCACUGUUCAGACCUUGCCAGUGAUCACAGUGUUGUACCUGUUUUACCACUACGACUGCCACCCCCUACCAAUACACAAAACAUCGUCAUUGACCCAAUCGUGGCGAAUUCUUCGGGCGACAUCGUCUUUAGGCUCGACAACUCGUCACUCUACCUCAAUUUGAACUUUCCAACUCUGAAGCUCAUCAAUGAUGGAUUCAAGACUUUCCCCAGGCAGUACAACGUGUACAUCCUCAACGGCACUUGGCAAGACUCGACCAUGAUUGUGCUACAAGACAACACUGGCAUCCCUCAUCCCAUUCACCUGCAUGGUCACGACAUGUCUGUUGCGGCGCUUGGUAACGGUACUUGGAAUGGAACCAUCAAUUUCAACAAUCCACCUCGACGCGACACUGUUCAAAUGGAAGGAGGAGGCCAUCUCGUCAUGCACUUUGCGUUGGACAACCCGGGAACUUGGCUAUGGCACUGUCACAUCGCAUUCCACGUCAGUGCGGGUCUCGGAGCGCAAUUUGUCGAGCGUAUGCAAGAUAUCAAUACGGUGGAGAAUGUCACGCAGACGUAUCAGACGUGCUCGCAAUGGCAGGCCUGGACAAAUUUCAACCUAGUCAUGCAAACGGACUCUGGUGUGUAG